UUAUUAGCUCGUGUGUCAUGAAUUUUCAACAUUCGCUGUUCGUGUCAGGGUUUCGAAAGGUUGAAAUUUGUUACGUUCUUCAGGUUGGUGUGAUAAUCGUAAUAAAGUAGAUGUAAAAUUGUGUUUGCUAGCAGUAAUUUCCUGCGUUCCAGUAAUUCUGGACGGUGAGUCAAAUCUUCAAAGCGAACUUCGCAGCAGCAGCAGCUUAUUCGCCUGAAAGCAACCGAGAGCAACAUUAAAAAAACAACAUGGCUGACCGAAGAUCUGGCGGAUCGAGCCGGAAUAACUUCAACGACGAGAAGAGUCCUGCCGAUAUUCCACCGAUGUCGCGGCUUUUCAUUAUAUGUAGCAAAACGGUGACGGAAGAUAUUCUGCGUGAGCAGUUUUCCAAAUUUGGGGAAAUCGAGGAAAUAUGGAUUGUGAAGGACCGCCAGUCGGGAGACGCCAAAGGGGUUGCUUACAUAAAGUUCUCGAAAACAUCCGAGGCGGCUAAGGCACUGGAGGAAAUGAACGGCAAAACGAUAGGCGACAAUUCGCGUCCAAUCAAGGUUCUGGUGGCGGCAAAUCGACAGCAAGGAUCACGUAAGCAAACUGAUAAUGAAGAAGAGAAGUAUCUGCGCCUCUUUGUGUUGAUACCUAAAGAGAUGAACGAGGAAUCGCUGCGCGAAGAGUUCGGUCAGCAUGGAACGAUCGACAAUGUGACUAUUAUUCGCGAUAAGGUGACAAAGGAAGGCAAGGGCUUUGCGUAUGUCAAGUUUAGUCGAUUCACUCACGCGGCACGUGCAUUCGAGGAAUGUGAUCCCAAAUACAAGGCUGUCUUUGCCGAACCCAAACCGCCAAGGAAUGCGUCGGUCUCGUCGAAUGAUAAUUUCGGAGGAUUCAGUAGUGGAAGUGGAUCCAACGGGUUCAACGAUGAUCGUCGUGGAGGAUCGGGAAUGGGUAAUGCUGGUUCGAUGAUGAACUUUGGCUCGAUGAGUGGCAAUGAUCGCCGGGGGCCGGGUAUUAACAACGAUCGAGGUUCAAACUAUGGCUUCAACAGCAGUAACUACUCAGGACAGGGUGGUAAUGCAAACGAAACCACGCUUACGGUGCUAUGCAGUCCAUCGUUGAACCAGGAUCAGCUGUGGCGAUUGUUCGACAUCAUUCCUGGAUUGGAUUACUGUCAAAUUAAUAACGAUUUCAAUAACCGCAAUGUAACGGCUACUGUGGUUUAUAACAACGCCCAGUCCGCUAUGUAUGCCAGAGAUAAGAUCCACGGCUUGGAGUACCCACCGGGAGAGCGUUUGAUCAUUCGGCUCGGAAACGAAACGGUUGGCGUUAUGACCAACAAUGACCCCUUUAAUGGUGGCGGCGGAAAAUUUACAGAUCGGGACGCCUCCUUCUGCAGCGUUCCGCUGCCACAGCCGCUUCCGAUGGCUAAUCCCAAUGCGGACGUUGCCCAGCGAUGCUUUAUCGUGUGCAUACCCAAGGCGCUGCCAACGAGCGUGUUGAAGCAGACCUUCUGUAGGUUCGGAGAUUUGAUUGAUGUGUAUUUGUUGCCAAAUAAGAACUGUGGAUAUGCGAAGUUCGCCAGUGAGAAGAGCGCCAAAAAGGCGAUGGAAACCCUACACGGAGCGGAAAUUUUGAACGUGCGGUUGAAGGUUUUGGAAGCUGAGGAACCCAGCAACGACCGAAGGAAGCGUAUGCGCCAUGAAGAGCGCAUGGAUAAUGAGUGAACGAAUGUUCUGUGGUGCUAUUAGGAAUUCCAGCCGAUAUUUGUACAUGCCACCCGACGAAAAAGAACUAUUUUACUACUUUACGCUUGAGACGAACGAACAAAACCUACUACAGAAAACAGUACCCCCAAAAAAUACAAGAAAAACAAACAAAAAAACCAAGUACCUAGCCCCGAAUCAUUUCUGAAUCCAACCUCAGAAAGACCGCUCGGACUGUGCAAACGAUAAGACUCUUUGCCUUCAUCUCAUCGAUCGAUACUAACGCCUGGACCUGUACACAUUGAACGUUCUGUUAAAAUCAACUAUGCACCAAAACCAACCAAAACAACAUCGUUCGAUGACUUCCAGACUUUCUAUAUCAACUUUCGGGACGAAGAAAAUAGAAAAACAAAUAAAACAACAACAACACGGAAUGUACUUUCCCGACAAGACUGGAAGCAAACUGUGUCUCCAGAUGAAGUGACGACCAACGGGACUGGAAUUGUUUGUAACGCUAGGAUCGCAGAAUAACGCUAGAACUACUAGGAACUAAGUUCACGCCCUAGAACUAAGGCUUACUUUUGUUUUGUUUUAUGUUGUGUAGUUCCGAAACGGCUGGAGAACACCCACUCAAUGGCUGAAUCCUACCGAUCAUUUGUUUUUUUUUAGCAAACUGACGACACAAUCUACGCUCGUUGUGUAUUUUGGCUACCAUUUCGUCUACUACUGAAUUGUUUGUACAAAAAUUAGAUGACUCAAAUAUUGUUCAUGAGAUAUUGAACAUUUUCCGGUGUUUGCCAAAUAUAGACUCCAUUUACAUGUUCACACUCUCAUAGAAGAUGAUACCUCUGGGGAUCGCGAGAAGACCAAGUUUUUGUCUGCGCUGUGCAAUUGUAGAGACGACAUAAAAACGUUGACAGUGGAAACUAUAGAAGUACAUUCACAGCAUAUAAAACAAUCAAUCAAACAACAUACACACAUUAUUGUUCGUAAUUUUCACAUUUUCCCACAUCUAUACAUCAUUUAGUACUAUUAGUGGACAGUUAUCGUGUCAGAGAGUAUAUAUUUAACGCGUGAAACAAAUUUAUUUUAUAUCCAUCUAAGAAUCGAUUUUAUACAUAUUUGUGGUGUCGAAGAUUUCCAAGUUUUGUGUAUAUUUUUACCGCAAAUGUUAUGCUUUCUUUCUGUAGGGUUAUUUUAAUUUCUUCAAACAGAAUAGGUAGUAUUAUGGGGAACAAACCGCAACGGUUUCCCUCAAUUCGAACAAUCCUUAGUGGUAAGCGUGGUGGAGAUAGUCCUGGUUUGUGUUCGUUCCUUGCGAUUCUAAGAGAAGAAAAUGUAUUCCAAAAUGCUUUAUUUCAAUCAGUAUACACGAAAUAAUGGUACUAAAGGAAGAGAAGAAGAAUGGGUAUAAGGUUACCUGUAUAUUUUAAAAGGAUAUUUCAUCAUAUUUCAUAGUGUUUAUAGAAAGUUAUUCCGCUUUUGUGUUUGUUUUUUACUCUAUACUGAUUUCAUUUCUAAUUUCAUACUGAACAAUAAAUCAUGGUCCAAUACAAUAAUCAACUCAAUCAUGAUCUUGUAUGUUAAACAUAACACAUAAAUAAUAUACAACAUUUCCUACUGGUAGAAAGUGCAUAAUCAAAACACCAUUUGUCACCGUUUAGGCCACAAAAAAAAUGAAGAAAACAAAUAUUUUUGAGGAAAAGUUUCCACGCAAUGGUAUUUACUGAAAUACAAAUUUUGAUCUAUGCGAAAGUGUAUUAUUACAUAGCUAUAUCUUCAUAAGGUAAGAAUGUAACCGAGGCUUCAGAAAUAUAAAUCGUUGCCUAUUUCUUUUCAGAAUAAAA